UCUUAAUACACCGUUCAGCUUCGUCCUUGUUUGAUUCCAUCGCGACAGCGGAACUAGUCUGUUUACUCGCCAGUUGGUCGCCCUAUGAUGGCGUCACCGGGAAGGUAAAAUAAAGUUGGAACUUAAAUAACACGUCAUUGAAUUUCAACCUCCAUGGACAUGUGUACAUUCAGGGUCAGUGACUAAUUCAUUUUAACAUAGUUGGCUUCAAAUUGCGAUAUACCCAUUCUGUAUGUGUUUGGUGGUCUAAGCUAUUUGUCAAAUUGUAAAUACAGAAAUACAUGUUUUGUAACAAGUGGCUAAACAAUAUAUAUAUUUUUUAAAGCUAGCUUCAUUCAAGCUAACUGAUCAACGGAGGCGUCCAAGGAUCAAUAAUCCCAAUGUAUGUACAACAGCCAUUAAAACGUGUGUGUUCCUGUGUAUAGUUUAAUCAUAUAAUCCCCCAUUUGCCAUGCUUUUAAUACUAGCGGGUUUAAGGCCAGCAUUACUAAAACAUAAACUAGUAAAUGUUCUGGUGGGGGCAUGUCUAUGCUCGGGAGCCAAGGAUACCACCACCAACCCAGGGAAACCACCAAAAUUAUCAAAGAAGAAAUGGAGAAAGAAGUUCAGGAACAAGCCUGCAUCAAAUGAACACCUGCCCUGGGAGGAGAGACUGGCCGACGCUGUCACUCCUCUGUGGCGCCUGAGUUACUACGAUCAACUCCAGCUGAAACAGAAGCACCAGGAGAGGAUCCUACUACAGCUCUCAGAUCAGCUCUUAUGUGGAGAGUCGACCCAACAUAAGGCAUUGACACAAUGUCCUUCUCCACCCAGGAGUACCAAACUCAGCUUCCCUCUGCUGCCUAUCUUACCGUCACCUGUCAGGGACGGCUACCGCAACAAGUCUACCUUCUCAGUCAACCGUGGCGUGGAUGGCAACCCUAAGACGGUGGGGUUCUACGUGGGAACGGGAAAGGUGGGAAACAUUGUGUGUGUGAACGGGGACCACCUCCUCAACAUGCCCGAGAGACAUAAGCUGGUGGCCAGGUGCUACCAGGACUUUCUCCGCCUUUCAGCCCUGGAGCCCUGUCUGCUGUUCCACGACGGAGGCCACUGGAGGGAGGUGACAGUGAGGACCAACGCAGCAGGCCACACCAUGGCCAUCGUCUAUUUCCACCCACAGAGGCUCACCCCGGAGGAGAUAGAGGUCCAUAAGUCUUCCCUGGUGGAGUACUUCACCCAGGGGCCUGGUGCCAUCUGCCAACUAGACUCCCUGUACUUCCAGGAGAGCUCCAUGACCCGUUGCAGCCACGAGGAAUCCCCCUACCAGCUGCUGCAUGGCCAGCCACACAUACACGAGGAGAUUUUGGGGUUCAAGUUCCGCAUCUCGGCAGACGCCUUCUUCCAGGUGAACCAAGGGGCGGCGGAUUCGCUGUACCGCACAGUGAGAGAGAUGGGCCUCCCGAAUGGAGCUCGAGAGGAAGGAGGAGGGGGCACACUCUUGGAUGUGUGCUGUGGAACGGGGGCCAUCGGUAUCACCAUGUCCCCCAGAGCGGACCGGGUCAUCGGGAUAGAACUCAUCAAGCAGGCCGUGGAAGACGCCAGGCACAACGUAGCCCUCAACCAGAUCCAGAAUUGUGAGUUCCUCCCUGGGAAAGCCGAGGUUGUACUUCCUGGGCUCAUGGAGGUCCUGGGCUCCACCACCGACUCUGGAGGCCCCCUCACGGCUGUGGUGAACCCAGCCCGCGCUGGCCUGCAUUAUCGUGUGAUCCGGACUCUAAGGAAUCACUCAUCCAUCCGCAGGCUGCUCUAUAUCUCCUGCAAACCCGAAGGAGAGGCCAUGAGGAACUUCAGGGAGCUGUGUUGCAGUCCCGACCCACAUAGGAAGCUGACAGGCGAGGCUUUCAGGCCGACUGUGGCUGUGCCUGUGGAUAUGUUCCCUCACACGCCACACUGCGAACUGCUGCUGGUCUUUGAAAGAUAGUUAAUUACUAACACUACAACUUCCGUAUCAAGUUUUUCUAAUUCUUACACUUAGUGAAUGGUGUCCUCUGGAUUGUGUGAUGACUACAGAGAUAAAACAGUCAAAUCAGUGGAAACUCAAUUCCAAAAUCCUCUCAAAAAGGAAAGUGAUUAUUACAUUUUUAAAAAUGCUGAGAGCUUUUCAAUGUCAUGUAGAAUGUUGAAUGAAAGUUGUGUUAUUCAGAGACCGAUGCAAGUCUAAUGGGGGGGUUGUGUCCCUAAAUCCUGCAGCAGCAGUGAAGCAAAACAUUUCCUGCCUUUUGUGAAUGGAUCAAAAGUAGGAAAUGAGUGGAGAGCAGGGGAAGUGUGUUUGGGGUUGCUCUUCCUGUAUUCUGUGUUUGAAUGAGGCAUAUGUACAUGCUGUAUUUCCUGUUACUUCAUGUUACAUACCUGAACUGAGUAGGCAUAAAGUCUAUAUAUCUACACUA